AUGGGCGGAUGCACGGAAAGCAUCCCACAGUUGGAUAACUCAUAUGUUCCGAAGCCUUGCGCAUGUCGUCAAGCAGAGUCCUCUCAGAAUCAAGAGCAGCACGCAGGCAAGGCACACACAGACAAGGACAUCCCCUCAGCACGUGUGUGCGUUUAUCGUGCGCUUGGUGCUCCUUCAGCCGAACCUUGGCUCGAGACCUGCCGAGCACACGUUCUAAGGUUUCGCGUCAAACGUUCGUCAAUGUUCGGCAGCAUGUCGCCCAAGUCGCCCAAGUGGUGUUUGGGGUUCCCACUGGUGGUGUCUGUGUUCGCAGGCCCUGGCGGCCUGACACACCUCGACCAAAGCUUUUCUGCUUCCUCUGCCGAUUCCUGCUUCCUACAAGUUACAAGGUCGGCGAGCAAAGAGCACGUGAGUGAAGAACUGCCAGGCAUAUGCGUUACUUGGGGAAAGCGCACGUUACAAGAUUGCCUCAACGAGUGCUAUGACAAACAGGUUCAACGCGAGUUAGCAGAGGCAGAAAGGCAGAGCGCUUGGGGCGGUCUACGUUCCUUCAGCGGUGGCUCUGCAGCCGCGGCGGGAUCGGUAAACCCAACGGCAGGGGCCGCCUUGGCGGUUACAGACAUGUUGGUGGGGAUAGAGGAAGCGCAGGACAACUUGGAGAGUGCUUAUGACGCCGCCAGUGCUCAGAAUUGUGAGCAGCUUGGCACGCUCAUGCUCAUGCAGGGGGUGGCAGAACUUGGAACUCAGUUGGAAGAUGUGCGUGUCGAGUUGGGGGCAAAGAUGGAUGCAGCCUUGCGGAGAUUGGACCUUGCGCGCAAGGACCUGAAAGAAAUCAAGAAUUUGAUUGUCGUGGUUGAGGAGAGACUGACCGCCCAGGUGCAGGUCGUGAGAGAGGGUCAAGAUCUCUUGUUGCAACGGGUUGACGAAGUCUUGCAAGCCGUGGAAAGGCUGAACCUCCUCAACCGCCAAAAUGCCUUGUCGACCAAGAUGACAGAAUUUCUCCGAUGCGGGGCGAGCGUUCAGCAUGCCUUCGACACGGUUCAGGGACUGCUCCGAGAAAACGACGCCUUCAAAUAUGGUUUCCGAAGUGUUCUGUUCAACUCCACAGCUGCCACUGUCAAUGCACGUGCCAGUGAAUGGACCGUUCAGGCUUUCAAAACCCCUGGGUGUUGA